AUGCCUUCAGUCUCCGGCAUCUUCCAGAGCGGCAUCUCCGAACACCGACGUGGAGGAGCUGUGGCGGCUUUCACUGCCGAGCGGAAAAGUUGCACUCUCAGCGUCCAACCGCCUUUAGCCACCUCCGUUUUUCAGCAUGAAAAACCGUUUCGAUGGCCAUUUGGCUUGGUCAACGGAAGCUGCUUAGGCGUAGUCUAA